GCCGAUCUUGCAGAGAGGUUGAAUAUUAUGAAACAUGUGCGCGGGAAUAUGCAUCACCACAGGGGUUGCUUGAAGCACGUUUAGUGGUCCAAGUCAUCGUUGUUCAGAGCACCUUGCUUGAGGUCGGUUUCACAUCAAUCGGCAAGGCUCAGCCACAACCUGUAAUAUCACGGCAGUCUGCUGAGCGGUUGAGUAUUUGACACGGCUGUAGUCGUUAUGGUUACUUGUUGGAGCAGUGUGACAUCAGGGCUGGCGUACAUAUUUUCCAGGCGAACGGCUCAGCUUACUGAGCUAGAGCCUAGUGAAGGGGAUGUGCAGUCUCUCGCGCGUAUGCUUACUCGGCACGGUCUUUUGGAUGCUCCCGCCAACAUCGAGAUAUCUCUCAGGCCAGUGGGAAGCUGUUCUGCAAAGUCGUGGCCUGGCGGUGAGUUUCUUCCAGUGGAGCGGCUUCCUCCAGUUCACCGUGAUCUGCAAAAACAUGCCACAUCUUCCAAUGCCAACUUCGUGGUGGCUAUUCGUACACCUGCUGUACAGGCCGUUUGCAAGUUGCCUGGUAUAAGGCCUCUCGCCCAGGGCGGCGUCUUUUUUUAUAGAUCGACGAUUCAUUGCAACUCUGUUCUUGACGUUUCACUAGAGCUUGAAGGGAAGCAGGAUGUGACGGUGGUUUUCGUCCGCGAAAUGUGUGGCCAGGGGGCCGCAUUCGUGAAGGCAAAAUCCGUUGGUGCGGCAUUUACGCUCGCUUGGUACCUCAACAAAACAUGCAAGCGUCACCUACUGGUUGGAAGCCAACCGGUGAUUGAGGUUGAGGACGCAAUUUGGGAGCAUGCCGCGAAGCAGACUCAGGAGAACGACGACUUCGCUGCGGGAGUGGAGUGGCCUGCAGUCAUGGCCAGCAUGAGCCCAGCCCAGGCACUUCAAGAGCAGCAGCCCUCCACCGAGGAGGAGUCCGUGCGCAUGGCCUUGGCAAAUGCACAUCGCGAAAUUCAUAGCAGAGGGCACGAUGAACUUAUCUGGAACCACAUUUCUGCGCGAUUGAAUGAUCGUUUCCUGGUGACUCCCGGCGAUCGACUUUGGGAUCGUAUUGAACCACAACAUCUUCUGCUAGAGUCCAAAAAUUGUACUGCCAUGGUCCUUCACUCCGCUGUUUACUCGGCAGUGCCGGCCAAUGCUGUCAUUCACACUCACGCGCCGUACCUUGAAGCAGUGUCGUGUCUGCAAGGUGGUCUGAAAGUCCCUGCUGACUCCAUGUUUGCCGGACGAGUUGCCUACCACGAUUGGCUAGGUUUCUCUGAUGAUUAUGCCGAGUGUGAAGAGAUCGUUGCAAACAUCGGCAAAGUGCCGAAUUGCAUCGCUCUCAUCUGCAGGAACCAUGGUGCUUUCACUUGGGGCGCAUCUGUGGAAGAAGCUCUGCAGCGUCAUGUUGCGCUCGAAGCAGCAUGCCAAGAACAGCUUGAGGCAGCGCAUGGGUGACGGCACUGCCGCGUAACCCAGUCCAUGAUAUUUGGCAAAUGUAGGCGAACAGCGGUAAUUGUGGAUCACGCAAUUGCAUGCAAGUCACAUGCAGAUAACCCCAUUAAGUCUUUAGAAAUCCCCUGGCCAGUAGAUGGAAAAUAAAUAUCGUUCGGGCGAAUUUGUUGACAACUCGGAAAACCGACCCCGCCCGACAAUAGCGG